AUGGCAGAAUUAGUUUUCCCUCCCGUUGCCGCGCCAAUCCUUAACGGCACAGACGAAGGUCUCAUAAGUCUGGAAUUGAAGGAUGGCACAGUCUAUCAAGGAUAUAGUUUUGGUGCGAAGAAGAGUGUCGCAGGAGAGUUGGUCUUCCAGACAGGUAUGGUGGGUUACCCAGAAUCCAUCACUGACCCCUCAUAUCGUGGACAAAUCUUGGUCAUUACGUUCCCUUUAGUGGGUAAUUACGGUGUACCAUCUCGAGAAACAAUGGACGAACUUCUCAAGGAUCUUCCAGCACAUUUCGAGGCAUCCGAAAUCCAUAUCGCAGGUUUAAUCUGUGCUUCAUAUGCGGGUGAAGAGUUCUCUCAUUACCUGGCAACCUCCUCUUUGGGAACUUGGUUGAAGGAGCAAGGUGUUCCGGCAAUCUAUGGUGUUGAUACUAGAGCUCUGACCAAGAGAAUACGAGAAGAAGGUAGUAUGCUUGGACGAAUGCUUUUACAGAAGGACACCCUCACCAAUGGCAACUCGAACGACAACUUCUCCACUUUAUCAUCAAAGGAUUGGAGAUCAUCUUUCGAAGAGAUAGAUUGGGUGGACCCAAAUACUAAGAAUCUUGUGGCAGAUGUAUCAAUUCGCGAGCCAAAACUCUACAAACCUGAUCCUUCGAAUGCUCUGAAACAUCCUUCCGGAAGACCUAUACGUGUGUUAUGUUUGGAUGUUGGUUUGAAAUACAAUCAAUUGCGCUGUCUUGUAAAGCGUGGAGUGGAAGUUCUGAUCUGUCCAUGGGAUUAUGAUUUCCCUGCACUCGCUGGAAAGGACUAUGAUGGUUUAUUCAUUUCCAACGGUCCUGGUGAUCCAGCCAUGAUGGAUGAGACUGUCAAGCACAUUCAGACCGCCAUGAAGGAGAAUCGAACUCCAAUCUUCGGUAUCUGUCUUGGACAUCAACUUCUUGCCAGAGCUGCUGGUGCUCAAACCGAAAAGAUGAAGUUCGGAAACCGUGGACACAACAUUCCAUGUACGAAUAUGUUAACUGGAAAAUGUCAUAUUACUUCUCAAAAUCACGGUUUUGCUGUUCAAACUAGUUCUCUACCCACGGAAUGGAAGGAACUUUUCGUCAAUGCCAAUGACGGAAGUAAUGAGGGUAUCAGACAUGUCAACAGGCCAUAUUUCAGUGUUCAAUUCCAUCCUGAGAGUACUCCUGGACCUAAGGAUACUGAAUUUCUGUUCGAUGUCUUCAUUAACACGAUCGUCAAGACUCUCGAUGACGAAAAGCUUCUCUCCGCGCCAGUUGUAUUUCCAGGUGGUGAAAUAACUGAAAAUGAAAAGCUCACGCCAAAGGUUAAUGUCAAAAAAGUCCUUAUUUUGGGAAGUGGUGGUCUCAGUAUUGGUCAAGCAGGAGAAUUCGAUUACUCUGGAAGUCAAGCUAUCAAAGCUCUUAAAGAGGAAGGAAUUUACACCAUUCUGAUCAAUCCAAAUAUCGCUACAAUUCAAACAUCCAAGGGACUGGCCGACAAGGUUUACUUCCUUCCCGUCACAGCCGAUUUUGUUCGUAAAGUCAUUGUUCACGAGAACCCUGAUGCAAUUUACGUUACAUUUGGUGGUCAAACAGCUUUAUCAGUCGGUAUUCAACUCAAGGAUGAAUUCGAGGGGCUUGGUGUGAAAGUUCUCGGUACCCCCAUCAGUACAAUCAUCACUACGGAAGAUCGUGAAUUAUUUGCUCGAAGCAUGGAAUCAAUUGGCGAGAAAUGCGCCAAAUCAGCUUCGGCUAAUACUAUCGAUGAAGCUAUGCAUGUCGUGAAGGAUAUUGGAUACCCUGUCAUCGUUCGUGCCGCAUAUGCCUUGGGAGGUCUUGGAAGUGGAUUUGCAGAUAACGAUGAAGAACUACUCGAGCUCUGCAACAAAGCUUUUGCGGCUAGUCCUCAGGUUUUGAUUGAGCGAAGUAUGAAGGGGUGGAAGGAGAUUGAGUAUGAGGUUGUCCGAGAUUGUCGUGACAAUUGUAUUACGGUCUGUAACAUGGAGAACUUUGAUCCUCUAGGAAUCCAUACUGGAGACUCUAUCGUCGUCGCUCCUUCACAAACAUUAUCUGAUGAUGAUUACAAUAUGUUACGAACCACAGCUGUCAACGUCAUUCGCCAUCUAGGAGUUGUUGGAGAAUGUAACAUUCAAUACGCACUCAACCCCGACUCCAAGGAAUACUGCAUUAUCGAAGUCAACGCUAGAUUAUCCAGAUCUUCAGCACUCGCAUCCAAGGCUACUGGAUACCCAUUGGCUUUCAUCGCCGCAAAGCUCGGUCUUAACAUCCCACUCAACGAAAUCAAGAACUCAGUUACUCAAAAGACAUGUGCUUGUUUCGAACCAUCUUUGGAUUAUGUCGUUGUCAAGAUGCCACGUUGGGAUUUGAAGAAAUUCACUCGCGUAUCGACUCAACUUGGUUCAUCGAUGAAGAGUGUUGGUGAAGUCAUGAGCAUUGGAAGAACUUUCGAGGAAGCCAUUCAAAAAGCAAUUCGUGCUAUCGAUUUCCACAACUUGGGUUUCAGUGCAACCAAAGCUUUGAUGUCAAUUGAUGAUGAACUCCAAACACCUUCCGAUCAACGUCUAUUCGCCAUUGCCAAUGCUAUGCAAUCCGGUUACUCCGUCAACAAAAUUUGGGAAAUGACAAAGAUUGAUAAAUGGUUUUUGAACAAGCUCAAGGGCUUGAAUAACUUCAGCAAGCAUAUGUCAACCUUCAACACGAGUACUAUCUCAAUCAAUCAGCUUAGACAAGCUAAACAGCUUGGGUUCUGCGACAGACAAUUGGCUAAACUGUGGGAUUCCACAGAGCUUGCUGUGAGAUUAAUGAGAACCGAAGCUGGAAUUAUCCCGGUUGUCAAGCAAAUUGAUACUGUUGCCGCUGAGUUCGAGGCUCACACCAAUUAUCUCUACAUGACUUACAAUGGAUCAGAAAACGACAUCUCCUUCAAUGAUCACGGUGUAAUGGUUCUUGGUUCAGGAGUUUACCGAAUCGGAUCCUCUGUCGAAUUCGAUUGGUGUUCGGUUCGUGCCAUCAGAACUCUUCGCGAAUCUGGUUUCAAAACCGUCAUGGUCAAUUACAAUCCGGAGACCGUCAGUACUGAUUAUGAUGAAGCCGAUAGGUUGUAUUUCGAAAACAUUAACCUCGAGACCAUUCUCGAUAUUUAUCAAUUGGAAUCUUCCAGUGGUGUUCUCAUUGCUAUGGGAGGUCAAACACCAAAUAACAUCGCCCUUCCCCUUCAUCGCCAAAACGUCAAGAUUCUCGGAACAUCGCCAGAGAUGAUCGAUACUGCCGAAAAUCGUUUCAAGUUCUCUCGUAUGCUUGAUAGUAUUCAUGUUGAUCAACCAACAUGGAAGGAAUUGACUAGUUUCGAGGAUGCAAAGAUAUUUUGUAACAAAGUUUCAUACCCAGUGUUGGUUCGACCAUCAUAUGUACUUUCGGGUGCAGCUAUGAACACUGUUUACUCUGAACCAGAUCUUGAAGCCUACCUUGCUCAAGCUGUUGAUGUUUCAAGAGAUCAUCCAGUUGUUAUCACCAAGUAUAUCGAAAACGCAAAGGAAAUCGACAUGGAUGCUGUUGCCAAGGAUGGUGUCAUGGUUGGUCACUUCAUCUCUGAGCAUGUCGAAAACGCUGGUGUACAUUCCGGUGAUGCGACCUUAGUUUUACCACCUCAAGAUCUUGAUUCUACCACAAUUCAGAGAAUUGAAGAAGCUACUCGCUUGAUCGGUAAAGCUCUCAACAUUACUGGACCUUACAAUAUUCAAUUCAUCGCCAAGGAUAACGACAUCAAGGUUAUUGAGUGUAAUGUUCGAGCAUCUCGAUCAACUCCAUUCGUUUCAAAGGUCAUGGGUGUCGAUCUUAUUGAGAUGGCAACCAGAGCUAUCAUGGGCGUACCAUUUAUCCCAUACCCACCUACCAACUUGCCCGCAGGUGUUGUUGGUGUGAAAGUGCCCCAAUUCAGUUUCUCCCGACUUUCUGGUGCUGAUCCCGUUCUUGGUGUUGAGAUGGCUUCUACUGGAGAGGUUGCUUGUUUCGGUCGUGAUAAGUAUGAGGCGUACCUCAAAGCAUUGAUCUCUACUGGAUUUAAGCUUCCAAACCGCAACAUUCUUCUCUCUAUUGGUUCGUACAAGGACAAGAAGGAAAUGCUUCCAUCUGUUGUCAAACUUCAGAGAAUGGGAUACAAACUUUUCGCCACAGCUGGUACAGCGGAUUUCUUACAGGAACAUGAAGUUCCAGUUCAAUACCUCGAAAUUCUUGGAAAGGGUGAGGAUGAUCAAAAGUCAGAAUACUCCUUGACUCAACAUCUUGCCAACAGCAUGAUUGAUCUCUAUAUCAAUCUUCCUUCCAGCAAUAGAUACAGAAGACCUGCAACCUACAUGAGUAAAGGUUACCAAACAAGACGUAUGGCUGUUGAUUAUCAAAUUCCUUUGGUCACCAAUGUCAAGAAUGCCAAGAUCCUUAUCGAAGCCAUCGCAAGACACUAUGAUAUGGAAAUUUGUGGAUUUGAUGCUCAAACAAGUCUAGAUGAUUCUUCAACUGAAAAUGGCAUUAAUGGUGAAGAUGUGCCAUCAGAACUUGUUGAAUUCAACAACAAUUCACCAUUUGGAUCUCCAGCUAUGGGAACAAGACCUGAUAGUUCUCAUUUGACAAAGUUUUCUGCAUUUGGUAGUACCCCAUCUUCAGCUAUGCGACCCGCAACUCGUUCAAGGUUCUUGGAUGGUGCUGCCAAUCAAGCACCACAUCUUCGUUCUUCAGCUCCUGAAUAUUUAGGAUCUCCGUUAUAUCCUCAGCCAACCAUAUCACCAUCUUUACAAUUCCUUCUUGGACAAUCGCCAUUCAAGAAUCAACAUGUUCUUUCGGUUAAUCAAUACUCCCGUCAAGAUCUUCACCUACUCUUCGCUGUUGCUCAAGAAAUGAGGUUGGGUGUUCAACGUGAAGGUGUCCUUUCUAUCCUCAAGGGACGUCUACUCACCACAUUGUUUUAUGAACCAUCUACUCGAACAUCUGCAUCAUUUGAUGCUGCCAUGCAACGAUUAGGAGGACGAACAGUUGCAAUUGCCACUUCCCACUCUUCCACUGUCAAGGGUGAAUCCCUAGCUGAUACCAUCCGUACUCUUGGCUGUUAUGGAGACGCGAUUGUUCUUCGUCACCCCGAAGAAAGUAGUGCUGCAAUCGCUGCCAAGUUCUCACCAGUUCCAAUCAUCAACGGAGGCAAUGGAAGCAAAGAACAUCCUACUCAAGCAUUCUUGGAUUUAUUUACCAUCCGAGAAGAAUUGGGUACAGUUGGUGGUCUUACCAUUACCUUUACUGGUGAUCUUCGAUAUGGUCGUACAGUUCACUCACUCGUCAAGCUUCUUCAACAUUAUGAUGUUCACAUCCAACUUGUCUCUCCACAAGCUCUAUCUCUUCCACAAGAUAUCUUGGCACUUAUCAAAUCUAAGCCAGGUCAAUUACUUUCAGUCUCUACUGAAUUGACACCUGAUAUCAUUGCUCGAUCCGAUGUUCUUUACUGUACUCGUGUACAAAAGGAAAGAUUUGCCGAUUUGGAGGAAUACGAAAGUUUGAAGAAUAGUUUCAUCAUUGAUAACAAGACAAUGAGGAAUGCUAAGAGUUCGAUGAUUGUUAUGCAUCCAUUACCAAGAAAUGCCGAGAUCUCAGAGGAAGUGGACUUUGAUCAAAGAGCUGCAUACUUUAGACAGAUGAGAUAUGGCCUUUACUGUCGCAUGGCAUUGUUGGCCUUGGUAUUAUCCCCAUAG